AUGACCAUGACCCUCCACACCAAGGCGUCCGGCAUGGCCCUGCUGCACCAGAUCCAAGGGAACGAACUGGAGCCCCUGGGCCGCCCGCAGCUCAAGAUCCCGCUGGAGCGGCCGCUGGGCGAGGUGUUCGCGGACGGCGGCGGCGGGAAGCCCGUCUACAGCUACCCGGAGGGCGCCGCCUACGACUUCGCCCCCGCCGCCGCCGCGCCCGUCUACGGCCAGUCCGGCCUCGCUGCCUACGGCCCCGGGUCCGAGGCGGCGGCGGCGGCGGCAGCGGCGUUCGGGGCCAACGGCCUGGGGGGCUACCCGCCGCUGGGCAGCGUGUCUCCGAGCCCGCUGGUGCUGCUGCACCCGCCGCCGCAGCUCUCGCCCUUCCUGCACCCGGGCCAGCAGGUGCCCUGCUACCUGGAGGACCAGCCGAGCUACGCGGUGCGGGAGGCCGGCCCGCCCGCCUUCUACAGGCCAAAUUCAGAUAAUCGGCGCCAGAGUGGCAGAGAGAGGUUGGCCAGCAGCGGUGACAAGGGCAGCUUGGCCGUGGAGUCUGCCAAGGAGACACGCUACUGUGCAGUCUGCAAUGACUAUGCUUCCGGCUACCAUUAUGGAGUCUGGUCCUGUGAGGGCUGUAAGGCCUUCUUCAAGAGAAGUAUUCAAGGACAUAAUGACUACAUGUGUCCGGCUACCAACCAAUGCACAAUUGAUAAAAACAGGAGGAAGAGCUGUCAAGCCUGCCGACUACGCAAGUGCUACGAAGUCGGCAUGAUGAAAGGUGGGUUACGGAAAGACCGAAGAGGAGGGAGAAUGUUGAAACACAAGCGCCAAAGGGAUGAUGGGGAGAGCAGGAGUGAUGCGGGGACCUCUGGAGACAUGAGAGCUGCCAGCCUUUGGCCAAGCCCUCUCUUGAUUAAGCACACGAAGAAGAACAGCCCUGCCUUAUCUCUGACAGCCGACCAAAUGGUCAGUGCCUUGAUGGAGGCUGAGCCCCCCAUAAUCUAUUCCGAGUACGAUCCUAGCAGACCCUUCAGUGAGGCUUCGAUGAUGGGCUUGCUGACCAACCUCGCCGACAGGGAGCUGGUUCACAUGAUCAACUGGGCAAAGAGGGUGCCAGGCUUUGUGGAUUUGACCCUCCAUGAUCAGGUCCACCUUUUGGAAUGCGCAUGGCUGGAGAUCCUGAUGAUUGGUCUCGUCUGGCGCUCCAUGGAGCACCCAGGGAAGCUCCUGUUUGCUCCCAACUUGCUGUUGGACAGGAACCAGGGAAAAUGUGUAGAGGGCAUGGUGGAGAUCUUUGACAUGUUGCUGGCUACAUCAUCUCGGUUUCGUAUGAUGAAUCUCCAGGGAGAGGAGUUUGUGUGCCUCAAAUCCAUCAUUUUGCUUAAUUCUGGAGUGUACACAUUUCUGUCCAGCACUCUGAAGUCUCUGGAAGAGAAGGACCAUAUCCACCGAGUCCUGGACAAGAUCACGGACACCUUGAUCCAUCUGAUGGCCAAGUCAGGUCUGACUCUGCAGCAGCAGCACCGGCGCCUGGCCCAGCUCCUCCUCAUCCUCUCCCACAUCAGGCACAUGAGUAACAAAGGCAUGGAGCAUCUGUACAACAUGAAGUGCAAGAACGUGGUGCCCCUCUAUGACCUGCUGCUGGAGAUGCUGGAUGCCCACCGCCUGCACGCCCCGGCCAACCGUGGGGGCGCCCCCAUGGAGGAGCCGCACCAGGGCCAGAUGGCCACCACGGGCCCAACUUUACCACAUUCCCUGCCAACGUAUUACAUCAGUGGGGAGUCAGAGGGUUUCCCCAACACGGUCUGA